CAUUUUCCAUUUUCCUACAUGCGGACACUGGCUCAAAGUAUCGUGUGCGGCGGACGUCCUUGUCGUGCGUGCGUCGUUUGCUCGCGCUGACGGUGUUUUUUUUGCGUUGGGUUCAGGGAGCACAUCCAAAUCGCAUCGGGCAACAUGGAGACAUAAGCACCAGCUAGGCGGAAUAACAAGAAGGCCCAACUAGAAGAAGAAUAGAAGAACUCUGUAUUUUGCAAUCGCACAAUUGGAAUUUCGAAUCGAUUUAUAAAGUGCUGUGUGUUCUUUGCGGUUCGUGGUGUGCUGCAUUUUCGAAAGAUGCCUGGUUUUUUCUUUUUGUUUAGUGAGAUUUUCUCCUAUUUUUUUUAUCAAUUUCGGUGAGAGUGCUGUGCAACGAAAGGGAAUACGCAAAAACGAUUUUUUGUAGAAAGUCGCGAGAGUCCCCGAAGGAGAAGGCCAUACAUAGAAACGAAAAGGAGAAGGAAAAGCGAAAACGAAGCAAAGGCAACGCAAUAAGGUUUUCACCUGCACACACCGCCUUUAAGGUCCUGACACUGAAUACCCGCCAUUUGGAGGCCAUGAAAGCGGACUAUUUAUGGAUCGAAUAAGUAAAAGGAGUCCCAAUCAAUUUAAACACCAGUUCAGCAUCUUGCGGUGGUUGCUACAGCAAGCUGGCCGAGAAGAGGGCACUCCACAAGGGCUUCGCCGGCGAUAGGCGAUACUGGGGGCGUCACUUUUAACGGAAAGAAAAGGAGAAGCCAACCCGACCGAACCAUGAAACAUUCAAAUAUUUCCAUACACAAGGACAUGAUGGAAUUCGGGUAACUAAAACCGAGAGCAAACGCACACAAUUAGAAGUAGGACACAUUCACCGAAUACUUCAUUCAGCGGAUAAUAAAUCGCGCUAAAGAUCAUGAAGCGAACGGAUACAUCCGGAACGCGUAAAUGAAAGCACACUUCCGAACGAAGCAACUUUGAUAUAUAUCAACCAAACCGAACUGUUACCAGCGGAUCACUAAGAACCAGGACGAACAGGAGGACGAGGAGGAGGCGGACGAGGCCGACGGGCCAGUGACGGCAGCCAAAUCGCCGCCGCGCCAGCGGGCAGAGCGGUCAUGGAACCACCCGGCGGUGUGCCGCCGGACAGGGAUCGGCAGCUGGUGCUCCGUAAUCAGUCGGCGGCCCUUGUGCCCGUGGUCGUAUCCGCACCAGCCACGGGACCGGGUGCAACCACACCCAACCCGCAGUCAUCGGCACAGGCCCAGUUAUCGCUGGUGCCCAGCAAGCCAACCAGUCUGAGUCUUCAGCCGCAUGCCGUGCUCCAAGCCAUGCAACAGUUGUCGCCGUCGGCGGGUGGCAACAACAAUGCCAGUAGCACCGCCGCCACAGCCACGAGCAGCAGCAGCGGGAACGCGAACAGCGGCAGCAGUCCCGCCCUAGCCUCCACCGCCACGGCCAUAUCGGCCACCACGCAGGCAGCCACUGCUUUCAGCGGCAGCUCGGUGGGUCACCACCACCUGCAGCACCACCACCAGCAUACGCAUCCGCAUGCCCCACAGCAGUCACAGUCACAACAGCCACAGCCGCAGCACCAGCUCCAGCAACCGCAUCCGGCAGGUGCGCCGAGUUCAGCGACACAAAGCCACCAUCACGGCUCCAUAUCCGUCAGUGGGUCAGGCGGUGGACUACUAGGCUCCAGCGGCGGCAGUGGCAACCAACAGCAGGCCAUCGAGAAGCUAUCACGACCCAUGGCUUUCGAUAAGAUGGAAAUGCUGGUGCGUGAGAUGCAGGAUCAGGAACAUGGCGUGCCUGUGCGACAGCAGAAGAUGUUCCUGACUUCCAUACCAUAUGCGUUUAUGGGAUACGAUCUAAUUGAAUGGCUAAUGGAUCGCCUGCAAAUCGAGGAGUCGGAGGCCCUCAACAUUGCUAAUCAACUGUGUCUGCACGGCUACUUCUUUCCGGUCAACGACUCAAAGACGCUGACCGUGAAGGACGACUCGUCGCUGUAUCGUUUCCAAACGCCCUACUAUUGGCCCUGGCAGCACAAGGCGCCGGAUAACGUGGAGUACGCCAUCUAUUUGGCCAAGCGAUCGCUGCGCAACAAGCAGCGCCACGCACUGGAGGACUACGAGGCGGAGGCGCUGGCCUCGCUGCACAAGAAUCUGAAGGGCAAGUGGGACUUCAUAUCGAUGCAGGCCGAAGAGCAGGUGCGUCUGGCCAAGGAGCGCAAGAAAGGUGACAAGAUCGUGGGAGACUCGCAGGAACGAGCUUACUGGAGAGUUCACCGUCCACCACCUGGCCAGUUCACUCCGUUGGAGCCCUGUCCAGUGCCUUCGCGCGAUCGUCAGGGCCUCAAGCCCAAUAAAAAAAAGACUGUCGAUGACAUGCAGCGCGACGUUGACUACUUGGGCAAGUCGCUGAAUCGGACGCGGAUGAAGAUGUCGCAGGCCUGCGAGUCGCUCGUUUGCUACUCGGAGACAUUCUCCGAAUACGAUUUCUUUCUGCAGCCGGCACUGCCCUCCAAUCCAUGGGUGACGGAGGAUAUUGCCUUUUGGCAGCUGAACAACACCUUUGUGGACAUUCCCACAGAGAAGCGCGUCAAGCGGUGGGCCAUCUCCAUUGAGGAGCUCGUCUCCGAUCCCACUGGCCUGCAGGAGUUUACCGGCUUCCUGGAGAAGGAGUACUCGCACGAGAAUAUUCGCUUCUGGAUAGCAGUCAAUCGAUUGCGCCGUUCCGCUCACUCGCAAGUGGCGCGAAAGGUCAACGAAAUAUACGAGGAGUUUUUGAAGCCCGGCGCACCGUGCGAGAUUAAUAUUGAUGGCAAGACCAUGGAGAGCGUGCUCAAGGGCCUGAAGAAUCCAUCGCGGUUCACUUUUGACUCGGCAUCGGAGCACAUAUACAUGCUGUUGCUGAAGAAAGAUUGCUACCCGAGAUUCAUACGGUCGGAGCACUACAAACGCCUGCUGGACACCGGCAUACAGCCGUCGUACAAGAAGCGCUUUUUCAACUUUGGCGGCGUAAGCGGUGCCAAGAAGAAAAUGACAGCCGCGCUGAGUAGCCAGCCAAAUCUGGGCGAUGCGGCCAAAGGACCCAGCGGCACAUCCGCCGGCAGUUCCAUGAUGCAGGCUCCACCCCCCGGAAAUCUUGCCCGUCGUCGUGGCAGCGAUCGCAGCCUGACGGGCUCCGCCCACGAGCUAGCCGUGAUCGGUGUGAACAAGGAUGCCGGCUCCAAGGUACCGCACUCUCAUUCCCAGAGUAAUCUCAGCGAAAUCCCCUUCAGUAGCGAUUCAAUUUAUCGAGGCGAUAUGCCACAGCGCCACAUGGCGAUCAUGGAUAUUGGGAUAUAUGCGGCAUACGGGAAUCGCGAAAGUAGUUUGCAGGCACUUCCAGAAACGCCAAAGACGAAGACCACCGUCCUCGAUGCCACGGAGUCCACAUCGUCGUCCACAGCUCUGGCUGCGGCGGCCAGCAGUGCCGUCUGCCCGUGGGAUGACCCAGCCGAAUCAGUCCCGCCACCGCCGCCGCCGGCGCAAGUGAAGCUAUCCGUGUGUCCGUGGGAACUGGAUAGUGCCACAGAGACGCCGACAGCGGCUCCAGCAGUUGGCUCAGGUGGAGGUGGAGCAGGAGCGUCGAAGAUCCUAAGUUCCACCGGGCAACCAAUGCGAUUAAAUAGCACUUCCUCGGACAACAGCGAUGUGAAUGAUCGAAUGCAGCGCAAUUUGGGCAUUCGCCAUCAGAACACCGUGGACAGCGGCGAAGCAGGCAUAAAGCGUCUGAUUCCCAACAUUCCGGAGCAGCGUCGGGCGUCAGUCUCAUUUACUCCAAGCCCCACUCCGGAUUUCCAGCUAGGACGCACUCCAACGACGACCUCCUCACCUACUGUGGCGCCCAGCAGCUCCACUCCGCUGCAGGCACGCAGUGCUGUGUACGGCAGUGGCCAAGGCAUCGCCAAAGAUCCGCCAUCUGGCUCGGAUGUCGACGCGGAAUUGGAGGAGGAACUGAAUAAAAUAUCCCUGGGCGAGUCCUCGAUAUCGGAGCCGCCGCUUCUAGUAGUUCCCACACCCGAACAGACCCCGCCGCCCAUAACGAAGAUCACGCCGCCACCGGGAGAAAGCGAGAAUCAGGCGGAUCAGGUGAUCGAUUCGACCGAGAUCCCGGGAAGCUCCUGCUCAACACAAGCCAACCAGUUCGGCGAGGCCACGGCGACUGUGACCACGGUCAAGGAGGUCCAAAUCGAGCUAAUCGAGCAGGUCAGUGGUGUUCAAACAGAGCCAGAUAGUCCGCCCACCAUUAAGGUCCUGGUGUUAGAGGCAACUACGCCCGUGUCCGCUGAGACCGCAACAGCAGAUCCAGGCGAGAAUCUGGCAAAGAUGGCCACCGCGAGCAACACCACCACCAUCACCACCGAUGAUCAAGCAAUGCGGGCGGACGACGAUGCGGAAAGGGCCGCUGAAAUCGAGCAGACGGUUCUGGACGAGCUUUCACCAACCACCGAUGAGUACCAGGAGUUUGGCGAUGCCAAGGAUGCAGUGGACGACUUUGAUAGCAUAGACAUUGGCUAUAUACCUCCAGCACCCACCCCGGCGCCCUCCAUGGCGCCCCUGGCCGAACUGGACGUGGACACCGUGGACGAUGAGCCGUGCGAACCGGCCGCUCCUCCUCCUUCUCAUUCUGCUCCGGCCAGCAGCAGCAGCAGGGAACUGGUGAUGGCCUCCGGUUCGGUUACGGCCACGCCCACAUCCAGCAACGAGGAGGCGCGUAAGCGGCGUAAGAAGCGCAAUUCGGAGGGCAAGAAACUUAGCUCGCAGGACGAUAAGGACAAGGAUGCGCACGAAAGGGCCGGCGGCAGCAGCAUGGAUGCAGCUGACCACAAUGCGGUGUGUCCCUGGGAAGACGAGAACGUCAGCACCAACGACGGCACCUUCGUGAAGACAUACGCCACACUGGGAUACUUAUGAAUAAAGCCCAAUCUGUUCAAGACGGUGGUCAACAAGUUGCUGAAAAGGAAGCCAUUGAAGAAGUAGGGCCAGGCCUGGUUAGCUAAGUUUAUUAUUGUACGGCGGGAGUAUCUAUUAUAAUACGUACACAUGCAAACAUAUUAUGUAAAUGUAAGUAUUUGAAUAAUUGAGUGUAUGCAUAUGUAAAUAUUAAAUGCUUCUCAAGUUCUUGAAGCCGUUGAAUCAAACGAGGCGCAGUGGUUUAUUGCUGAAAAUAUCAAUUUCAAUUUCAAUUGAAAUGAAAUGUUAUGAAAACGGUCUAUGAAUGCUACAAAAAUACAUACUUUAUCUACAGACGUACAUACUUAUUUACAAAACCAAGUGGCUAACAUGGCUAACGUGGCUAACUAGAGUAACGAGAAAAAUCAGAUGAAAACUAAAUGGAUAUUAAUGUGUUUAAAGUCGCGAGUGCCGCCUUCUGAUUCACUUGUAAAAAAGCGAUACGAUGAUAAUUAAACGGAGCUUAGAUUUGGCGCAGCAGACGACACACUUUAAUGUAUACAAUGUAUAUGAUCUUUCUGCGCAUAAGAAACAAUUUUCCAUAGUUAAAUCGAAGCUACACAUACACAUAUAUAUAUGUAUAUAUGUAUAUAUACACAUAUAUAUAUAUAUAUAUAUAUAUAUAUAUAUAUAUAUAUAUAUAUAUAUACUCCCCCUCAAAGUCAAAAAGCAGUAAUCAAGAUCGAGAUGAAUAUAGACCAUAAAUUGUAUUAUAAAGUUAGGCAGGCCAGCCAGUGGGCACACUUUUCACAAUCCAUUUGCGAUCAACUAUGUAUUUUCCCCUGGAAAAGCUCUUGUGACCCCCAGCAAAUUUGUGACCUCGAGAACCCAAGAUGAGCUGACAAUGGGCAAGCUGGUGCCUGGUACUUGGAAUAAAUAAUAUUCUUGGGUACUUGAUCUGGAAUCUGGACACUGGAACAAUACUAUCUGAUGGUGAUGGUAAUCAUGCUUGCCCCUUGCCAACUCAAGAGCCCAAGAUUUAUUCAGCUAGUAGUACAAAGUGUUGGGCCUAUGUAACCAUGGCUCCGAUUUACCAACUAGAAUAAAAGUCCCUCGGAUAAUUAAAUGCACAAGUUGGCUGCGCAAGUAGUUGCCAUUUGAAAUCUCAGUUCAAAGUUAAUUAGCCGUUUCAUUUCACGCGUACAUGCCAGAAACUCACGAGCCCCAAAUUGAUGUGCAGUGAAAAUGAAACACAGUUGGAAAUAACGCAAAAUAUUUAGAAGAAGAAGAAGUGAUUAUGUAUGUAGAUUAUUAGAGAAUCCAUAGCCAACAUUGCCAGAUUAUGUAUUAUGUAUUUGACCAUGCGAAACUGACUUGCGCGAUCAACUUGUGCGUUUCAGAUUAUAUACCCACGUGUCCUAGCAAUGUCCUACCUAGUAAUUUUCUCUAUUCGACUAGAAAUGUAUUGAGCUGCCCGCCCAAACAAUCGCAGUGGGGUUAGUUAGUAUAACCACUAACCACUUCUUACUCGUAGAUCCAACAUCGAUGGGAGUGAGGCGAGAUGGGUCGCAUCUCUAAGAUCAAAUUGCAUUCGAUCGAUUCAAACUUAAUCUAAUGUGAAUCUUACAAAUAGAAGAGAAGAGACGAGUAUAUGAAACAGAUAAACAAAGAAAUUAGAGAAUCAAAUUAAGAUGAAAUCCUGGUUGUUCGCGACUAAUACCUUUAUAUGAAUCGAAAGAUGAUAACUUAUCGAAGAACUAUUACAAUCUAAGUACAUAUAUUUCUAUUUUCAUUGUGCAUAUGAAUUAGCUACUUUACUGUCGAAAACCGUUUUGCUGGUAAACAAUCUCUUUAUAUGGGAUAUCCGAAUUUCGGAAUAUCCGAAUAUCGGAAUAUCCGAAUAUCCGAUUAUCUGAAUAUCUGAAUUCUCUUUGUGCUUUCUAUGCUAAACAUACAUUUUUGAACUACUUCAAUUAACGAGACGAAAACCCAAACACUUAAAUUCCGAGGAUCCGUACAUACAUACAUAUGUAAGUCCCCAAAACGAUAUCCCCCCCAAUGUAAAGAGCGUACCGAAAAUCAAAGCCAGUGUUGCAUAGAUAUUACGAAAUAUUACGAUGGUAUGGGUACGGGUACGGGUACGGGGAGUACAUAACAUACAUCAGUAUAGAGCAUAUUGAACUUAUAGAGCAUAUAGAAAAAUAGGAACGAUGUGCCGAUGUGUAGGGCGUGCGUACAAAAUGUGUACAUGAAACCACCGUUAACUUUGCUUCAUGCGAGCCGAGCAAUUAAAGAGUUAAAGAAUAAAAUAUAAAAUGAAAAAUUCAAAAAUACAGAUACAAGUGAAAAAUAAAAAAGGAAAAAAAAAAGAAUACCUAAUGCAAACCGAACAAAUCAGCAGCAGCAGCAGCAGUUCCGAAAUUGUUGUCGAAAUAUAUAAUAGCAGCUUUUAGAACAACACCAAGGAAGUUGUAGUAAAUGCGGAGGAAAAUUGUAUUGUUGUUGUUUUUUAUGUACAUUUACUUUUUUGUAUUACCGUUGUUGUAAGUCAAAUAUGCCAAAAAUGAAUAGUUUACUAAGAGUUUACAACAAAAGAUUCAAAUGCAGGCAAGAUAUGAAUUACUUUAAACGCAAAUCGCAAGAACAAGUUCCGAAUGUUUUUAGUAGUCAAUGGAGAAUAUCUUUUAAUCGCUUACACUAAGUGUUCCCAUGCAUAUUUAUGGGUUCCUUGCCGAAACAGAAAUCUUACAUAAACACAAAAAUAUAACACAAGAGCGCGGCUGUCGACUUUACUCCACCCCGGUACUCAAAAUGUUCGAAUAAAAGUGUGAAUAAGUUACUAAAUCAUUGCAUGCAACAAAGAAUAACUUUAGCUAAUGGAUAAUCGUGUUAUUAGAUCGUAUUCAAUUGUUACCUGAUUUGAUCCCAUUUCGCUUUUAUUGAACGUUUGAUGUGCAUUUAAGUGAUUACCCCCACCCAUAGCAUUCUGCAAAAAUCGUCCCAGUUGAUAGAAAAUGCAAAUACAAGAUCAUACGUUCUCGAUUCAAGUGUUUAACUUUAAAGUGCAUUUUUAAUAUGAAGAAGUUCUGUUACAUUUUUGUGAUGAUCGAAAAAAGGUCUUUUUUAGAACUGGCUGCGAUUUUUCGAUUGUAGUGUUGGAAUUUCGAAACCAAAAAUGUUGCUUGUGUGUUUAAGUUGUACCAUUGUGUUAUUUGAACUUUUGAGUAUCGGAUGAGCAUAGAACUAAGGAACCAUUAGAGGUCCGAUGGAUUGAUUGAGCCGCCACAGCGCCAUUUUGAUAAUAAGAACAAAGAAUUCGAUAACUAUGUAUGUUUAAUGGAUUACAUAAGUGUGUACUACUUCACGCGUCAGGUGGGUGGCAUUGCCCUGCAAAUAUUUACUUUAAUUUCUGGAUAAUUAGUGCUCACAUCACUGAUUAGAGGACAGGAAUGCGCAAAACAAUAUGCUUAAUACAUAAGAUUCCAGAGCUUUUAGUAACGCCAUGUAAAUUCUGGGUCAUGAAUACAGUUGUGAAGAUUGAAGAUUGUAACCGAGGCGUUUGUUAUUAUGUAUUCAAGUCAUUUAUUAUAAGUGUAUACAGCUUAUACUAUUAUAAAAGUGUUAAAAACAUGAAUUAUUUUGAGAAAAAAAACCCAAAAAAGAAUAUACAACAAAAUGUUAGUCGGUAAAUGAAAUCAAAUGUAAAACAAUUUAAUGUAGACUGUACUAAAGAAUUCAAGGAAAUUUGAAUAUCAACACUCCAUCACGCAAAUAACUAAAAGGAAAUUCGCUAAUUGAAUAGAAGUUGAUGGGAAAAUUAUUUGCACAGUGCAGAAAAACGUGUUAUAAAAUUAUUAUACUAUACAAAAACUAUAUAUUAUUGAAUUAUGCUGAUGAAAUUAAAAACCAUAAAAGUAUGUAAAAAAAAUUCAAAUACAAAAUGAUUUAAAUGAAGUACAAUAAAUAUUCAAGUG